CCGCCCACCACUACCACAGUCACGUACACGCCGCCACGUACACCUGCACGGCGUCUCCCGGGGCGUCUUGCUGGCCACGCCCAUGAUCGUCCGUGCUGUGGUGGUGGGAGAGUACGAGGUACAGGUGUACGACCAACUGGUAAUGUCAGGUAACACAGCUGUACUCAGGUGUGCUGUUCCUUCCUACGUCAGAGAAUACGUGACUGUCACCUCCUGGCUCCAUGACGACGCCUUCAACAUCUACCCGUCCCUCCACGGUGAUGGGAAGUACCACAUGACCAGUGACGGGGAGCUUCACGUGCUGGAGGUCAGUCCCCAGGAUGGUCUCCAGGUUCCAGUGCCGCACCCUACACCAGCUGACAGGUCUGACCCAGCUGUCUCGCACACCUGCCCGGAUCAUUAUUACAGAGGCUCAGGGAUCAGUGCCACCCCGGAUGCAUGAACGAGCUGGCCGUGUGGUGGCCCAGGCAGGUGACAGAGUGACCCUUCCUUGUGUGGCACAGGGCCAUCCACCCCCCCACUACACGUGGUACCGGGGGACGGAGCCAGUGACGGGCAGUACCGGGAUGUGGACGGUGGGCGGGUCCCUGGUACUGGGGCGAGUGGGCGUGGUGGACGCCGCCCAGUACACCUGUGUGGCCAACAACACUGCCGGGGAGACCAGGGUGUCCACACACCUGUUGGUCACCCUUCCUCUGUCUGUCCAGGUGACACCCCGGGAGGUACAGGUGGACGCGGGGGGGAGGCUGGAGCUGCGUUGUCACGUCUCAGGUGAACCUGUCGACACUGUCACCUGGUACAAGGAUGGCCAGGUGCUGAGGUCUGGGGGUCGUGUCAGGAUACGCCCACGAGAGUCUCUACACGUGGCGCCUCUCGACCCUUCCGACGCUGGCAUCUACCAGUGUGCCGCCACCUACGCCCACGACUACGCCCACGCUCACGCCUACGUCACCCUGGGAGGCGAUGAGAAUAUUGUACUUGAGAUCAAAGGAAAAGGGGGAUAUAUACGUUAUCUUGAGGUGAGUCUUAGGCCCCCCACACCCCUUACCAUUCUGGACCCUGACGGCUUCCCCAUCCCCCACCCCACCCUCACACCCCACAUUAACUGGACCCUGGACGGCUUCCCCGUCCCCCACUCCCACAGGUACGUUAAAGGGCAGUACGUGUCAGCACACGGUGACGUCAUCAGUCACGUCAACAUCAGCUCGGUGCACGUGACUGACGGAGGAACUUACACGUGCUCGGCGGAGAACAGCGCAGGCAGCGAGGUGCACCGUGCACGCCUCAACGUGUACGGCCCCCCUCACGUGCGCCCCAUGGGGCAGAUGUCAGCCGUGGCGGGGGAGACCUUCAUCGUCAGCUGCCCCGUGUCUGGCUACCCCAUCCAUAACAUAACCUGGAAGAAAGAUGGUGUCAGGCUGCCCACUAGUCACCGACAAAGGGUUCACGCCAACGGGACUCUUGUGGUGGAACAAGUGACUCGCACAACUGACGACGGCCUGUACUCCUGCACCGCCUCCACCAGGCAGGGCCUUACCGACACACAGGAUCUCUCCGUCCGUGUUAUGGUGGCCCCGGAUGUUCAGCCUUUCCACUUUGAGGACAAGUUAGAGGCUGGGGAGCGGGCGGGGGCGGCGUGUAUAGUGAGCAAGGGAGACCCGCCCAUCACCUUCACCUGGGAGAAGGACGGGCGGCCCAUCGAGGAGGUGGAGGGCGUCACUGUGUCCACCAUCAACCAGUUCUCUAACACUCUCAUGAUCAACCGCCUCACUGCUCUCCACACCGGCCAGUACACCUGCCGGGCCUCCAACCACUGGGCCGAGGCCACCCACUCCGCCGACCUCGCCGUCAAUGUGCCUCCCACUUGGGUGGUGGAGCCUACCAGUGCCAGCGUGGCUCUUGGAGGCAGCGUGGCACUCCACUGCCUGGCAAAGGGCUUCCCCAACCCCACCGUCGCCUGGCGCAAAGAGACAGUGUCAGGACAGUUCGUGGGCGUGGCCACAGGUGAGGGCGGGGUGGCCGGCUGGGACAACGGGACGCUGUCUGUGAGUCGCGCUGAGAGACGCCACGAAGGUCGCUUCUUGUGUGAGGCGAACAACGGUGUGGGUGCUGGCCUGUCCAAGGUGGUCACUCUCAGCGUUAACGAGCCGCCCUGGUUCGCCGUCAGGAGUCAGCGUCAACAGGUGAAGGUUGGAGGAACAGCGACACUCAGCUGUGAGGCGCACGGUGACGCCCCCCUGGCUCUGUCCUGGACCAGGGGCACAGCCCCCCUGCCUCCCCUGCCAAGGUAUGUCCCCCUAACGUUCCCCUGGACCAGGGGCGCCGCUCCCUGCCCUACUUUUAAUCAAUCUCAUGCUUGA